CAUGGUGACAGUAGCCCGUCACCAACCCUGACACAUCGGUGCUGGCCCUGGGGGGUGAUCUACUACAUCCCCACAAGCAUGGUGGUAACCCCUACAAACCCCCAAUAAUGCCACUCACAGGUCCCAGUAAUGCCACCCCGGUACUAGUACCGUGGUGUUUUUUCCCACCGUCCUCCCACUACCUGUCGUGUCGCGCCGGCCCAACAAUGCCGGUAAUUUCUCCCCUGGCGGCGGUAGCUCCCCUCGCGUCCCUCGCCAUCCCACCACUAUUUUGUUCAACCCUUCCAGGCUUUGUUCUGCGCAGAGAUCAAAAGAAAAUUUUUCGGCCUAGGUCUCGUUUUUCGUGGAUACUCAAGUUGGUGGCCCUCAUUUUGUCCAUUUGAUUCAUCCGUUGGUUAUUCAAAGGUCUGCCACAUUCUUUGUUCAGACCCCCACUCCCGUACAGCAAACGCCUCAGUUGAUUGAUUAACAUCCUAGAUCAGUUGGUGCUUCGUUGAGCUCUGUUAAUCCAUCACUGCAUUCACCAUCCACCGUGUCAUCAUC